CUCAUUUCGCAAUAGUCCCGCCCAUGCUGUGUUACGCUCCGGUCCACUUAGCCAAGGAGUUAUUGUGAUUUAGUUGGUUUUCUACUGUCACUAAAGAAGGCUCGUCACAGACUGUCACGUGGUAAGAGAGGCCCCGGAGCAGUGUGAACCUCUGGAUUCAUUUACAGGCAACUCCAGCCCUCGUCUCUUUUACCCGUUGCUCCCCUGAAAACCCAAACGUCCUCCUCAGAAGGACAUCAGCUACUCCCCCAUGUUCCUCCUCUGUGGAGGGCAGGGGGCACACACGCAGACGGCUGCCCAGGCUCUGGGCCAUGAUGACGGGCAUAGGGCUCCAGAGGAGGCUUUGGCUGUGCUUCCUGGGUGUCAGCUUCCUGCCAGUCAUCUACAUCAUCUUUCUGAGCCUUGAGCUCACCAUGCCCUGGCGCAUGGUCGACCUGAACCUGGCGCAAUUCCCUGGUAUUGGGUACACACGGGAACCAAACAGGUUUCAUGACUCUGAAGACCCUCUUGUUGACAAAACACUGUCAGCUGGUAGUGAUGGCCAGCACACCAGGACCACACCACCAACACCUUUAAGUUUAAAGGUGCAGUCCACAUCCCCUGCCCGAGUCAGAUCCUCAACAGAACCUGGACCCAGGACUACCAAGGGCCCUGAUCUUAAAGGUGCUCUCCUGACCAAGUCACCCAAACCAACAGAGCCACCCUUCAUUGGUGACAGCUACUACAGUGAAGAUGCCCCACCUCGAACAGACUGUCCAGACGGUAUUCGUAGCAGGGUGCCCCAGACAGACUUUGGGGUGAGGUAUCUGGAUAGGAUCCCUGUGCUCCAGUGGGCCAAGCAUGCCACUCCAGAACAGUACCAGCGCCUCAGACUGUACCCAGGGACUCACGGCUGGGCAAACCUCGACUAUAACACUCUGGUAUCGACCCUAUCUGUUCUCAACACAUCAGCCAACUGGCACAUGUUUGAUGACUGGGAGCGUCGUAGCAACGGCUCACAGUGUGUCCGCUGUGCCGUCGUGGGCAACGGAGGGAUUCUGAAGGAAUCGAAGAAAGGCCGGGAUAUUGACCGUCAUGACUAUGUCUUCAGGACCAACGGAGCUGUGAUUAAAGGCUUUGAGCAGGAUGUGGGCUCUAGAACGUCACUCUACACAUUCUCCACCAACACCCUCCGUAACUCUAUGAAGAACUACGCCGGAGCGGGCUACAGAGGACCACCGUUCUCUGAGGAGACAAGGUAUGUCUUCCUGCCAGACCAUGACAGGGAUUAUCUGCUAAUGAAAGCAGCCGCCACACACACUCCAGCAGAGAGAGGACCAGAGAGGAGCAAAACGCCUCCCUCAUACUUCGGAGGAAAUGUGACCGUAGAGAAGUUUAAGAUGUACCAUCCAGAUUUCAUACGCUACAUCAGAAACAGGUUCCUCCGGGCCCAUGCCAUGCAGACCAAAUACAAGGACAUCUACCGUCCAUCAACAGGUGCUGUGAUGCUGCUGGCUGCGGUGCACACCUGUGACCAGGUGAGCGCGUACGGCUUCAUGACUCCAGACUAUAUGAACUACUCUGACCACUACUACGACAGCCAGUAUCACCCAGUGGGUUUCUUCAUCAACCAUGACCUGAGGAUGGAGAUGACACUGUGGCAGCAGCUCCACCAUGCAGGCCUCAUCACACUCUACAUGCGCCAGUGAACUCAGGAACUAACACACUCCGGGUUGCUAUAGCAACGACCACCUCCUGUAAGAUAUUUUUAUAGUCGCAAACUGUAUGUAUUACUGAACAAAAAUAUAAACGCAACAUGUAAAGUGUUGGUUUCAUCAGCUGAAAUAAAAUAUCCCAGAAAUG